AUGAAUAGCAGCAGCAAAGAAUCACAGCCUCAUUACCCCUCUAUCUCCCCUCCCAUGGAAGAAGAUUCAAACCCUUUCCAUCAAACAAGCGUACAUGAGAAACAGCCACAGAUGCAGUCUGCAGCUGCAGCAUCCUCAUCAUCAACGCCUCCCGUUCCUCCACAACCGUUUGAUCAGAAUUCUGAGAAAUGGGGGACUCAUAUCAUGGGAGCACCAGCUGUUCCCACUUGCCAUCCAGACAACAAGAAGGCAGCCUUGUGGGGUGCUGGUGACCAGGCUCAAUAUUUCCAUUAUCCAUAUCUCCAAUACUCCCCUAUAGAAAAAUCAAGCAGUAGCCCAAUGCAAUCCAUGCUUCAAUUCUUCAACUCCUGGAGCCACAAAGCUGAGACCAUGGCCAACAAUAUCUGGCGCAAUCUUAGAACUGGAUCAUCUGUAUCUGAAGCUGCCUGGGGGAAGAUGAAUCUGACAGCAAAAGCACUAACAGGCGGUGGAUUCGAGUCUCUUUACAAGCAAACAUUCGCGACUUAUUCAAAUGAGACGCUGAAGAAGUCAUUCGCCUGCUAUUUAUCCACCUCAACUGGACCCGUUGCUGGAACUCUUUAUUUAUCCAAUAUUCAAGUCGCUUUUUGCAGUGAUCGCCCCUUGUCUUUCACUGCACCUUCAGGCCAGAUAACCUGGAGCUAUUACAAGGUUAUGGUACCUUUGAGCAAAGUUGGCAUAAUCAACCCUGUAAUAAUGAGGGAGAAUCCAUCAGAGAAAUAUAUCCAGAUUGUUACAGUGGAUGGACAUGAUUUCUGGUACAUGGGUUUUGUUAAUUACGAGAAAGCGUCCAAGCAUCUCUCCGAGAGUCUCUCCAAUUUUGUAGCAUCUGGGAUUGCUGUUCAACCUGCACCUGUUGCAUAAAGAGAUAUAUAUAUAUAUAUAUAUAUAUUUACAGUUUCUUUUUUUACUUUGAUCUCUCUUUAGCAAGAGAUUUUCUUCAUCUGUUGCAUCUGUCUUGGAUUUGUUUGAUUGUUCCAUUUUUGUAAAAUUAAAUGAAACAUCUGUACUUUCUAUAAUCUAUUCUCUCUACCAUUAUGCAAUAGACAAAAGGUCAAAAGUGAAAAAAGUUCACCGCCGUUGCCGGGGAUCGAACCCGGGUCGCCCGCGUGACAGGCGGGAAUACUCACCACUAUACUACAACGACUUGUUAUUCUUUG